AUGGCCGGAGAGGAUUGGUUUAGUGCUUUUAUGCGUAGAAAUACGGAACUUUCAUUAAGGGCUGCUCAAGCCACAAGUUUGUCCAGGGCGACUAGUUUUAAUCGAACGAACGUGGAUGCGUUUUACGACAAUUUACAAAAAGUUAUGGACCGUGAUAGUUUCGAGCCACAAGACAUUUAUAAUAUGGACGAAACAGGCGUGACUACAGUCCAGCGUCCUGACAGAGUUGUUGCCAGACGCGGCAUUCGUCAAGUUGGAUCGGUCACUUCAGCAGAGCGUGGUACACUCGUUACGAUUGCUUUCGCCGCGAAUGCCAUAGGAAACGUUAUACCACCUCUAUUUGUAUUUCCGCGUGUUCGGUACCAAGACCAUUUCAUAAGAGAUGGCCCAUUAAGUGCAGUGGGAACAGCAAAUCCUUCAGGAUGGAUGCAAGACGAAGGUUUCAUGCUGUUUUUGAAACAGUUUCAGAAACACACAAACUGUUCAGUUAACCAUAAAGUGCUAUUAGUAUUAGACAAUCAUUCGUCCCAUGUUCAUAUCAACGCAUUGGAUUUCUGUAAAGAAAAUGGAAUCGUUUGUCUGUCGUUUCCGCCGCACUGCUCGCACAAGUUGCAACCGCUUGAUCGAUCGGUGUAUGGCCCAUUCAAAAAAGCUGUAAAUUCACAGUGUGACGCUUGGAUGAGAAACCACCCUGGAAAGACAAUGAGUAUUUAUGACAUUCCUGGUGUGGUGGCCAGAGCUAUGCCAUUAGCUCUCACUCCUGGCAAUAUUCAGGCAGGUUUUAAGAAGACUGGCAUUUAUCCAUAUAAUCGCGACAUAUUUAAUGAUCUUGAUUUCGCACCUGCUUACGUCACUGAUCGACCAACUCCGAACGAAGCAAAGCCCCAAGAUGACAGUAAUUUGCCAGAAACAAAUAAUAAUUCGACUUCAAUUGAGAAGCCAAACUCCAAUUAUGAUUCUCAACACACACCAAAUGCGAGUGAUGUCGAAGAAAAUAGUAAUGAGGCUAUUCUGGCGGAAGAAAGCGUUCAAGAAAGUACCACCUUUCAAUUUCUUCAGCCUUCUCUACCUGCACCAAUAAAUCCUACACCACAUGAUAAUUCAAUCACAAAUAGUAGAACAAAUUCGCCGAAACUAUCUACGAGUGAUGAAGUCUUUACGCCCCACAUAGUAAAACCCUACCCCAAAGCUCCACCCAGACAAACAGAAAACAAGGGAAGGAAAAAGAGAAAAUCUACGAUAUAUACAGAUACACCGGAGAAAGAAGCAAUACAAAAAGAAGCGGAGGAAAGAGAACGAAAAAAAAGGGCGAAAGAAAUGAAAGUCAAUAGAAGCCUUAAAUCAAAAUGUUCUAAGCCCAAAGGAAUUAAAAAGAUGAAAACAACUAAAAAACCCAAAGUGUCUUCUGAUGAGGAUGAAGAAGAGUAUUACUGUUUGGUCUGCAUGGAAAGUUAUGGCACCAGCAGGCCAGGAGAGGAUUGGUUGCAAUGCACCGGUUGUAAAAUGUGGGCUCACGAGGCCUGCACAGCUGGUGAUCCUUUUUAUUUGUGCCACAAUUGUGAAUCUGAUUAG